AGGCAAAGAAAAUUAUUCGUACAAUUAGAGAAGCCACGGUUUCUCUGCUGACAAGUAUAAAAGGAAGACUUUGCCUCUGAGAGAAAAGUGAAAGGGAUGGCAACUGCUACUAGUAACAGCAGUUUGGAUCACCUGACUAGUGUGUACAAGAACGUUAUUGAUGACGUAAUCAGGAAUGUGCGUGAAGAGUUUCUCAAUGAAGCUGUGGAUCUUGAAGUGCUGGAAGACCUGAAACGAAUCUGGCUGAACAAGCUGAGUCUCUCUGGAGCAGUCAAUCGACCACCUAAACCUGACCCUCCGCCAAAGUCUGUGUCCUCAGAUCCAAAGCCAUCUUCACGGCAGACAGCACAGACGAGUAUGCCUAAAUCUACAAACCUUAUUAGUUUGCCCCCUCCAUUGGUCCCUGUCCAACAAGAGCGAACUCUUCCUCAACCACCCUCCCUGAUUUCUUCACGAAGCGCUGAGCGUGAAGCUUCCUCUGUGAUCCAUACUGCUCCCCCUCGAUCACAAACCACACCCACUACGGUCGCAACAUCUAGCUCAGCACAACCGCAAGCUUCUAUAGCUGUGCACCCAGGCAUGAUGACAGCUGUUGGUGAAGGUGGAUCCACAGCUGCCUCUCAGGCUAUGCCUGCAUUGUUGCAACCCUCAUUUUCUGCUUUCCAGCAAGGAAUGGUUCCAAUACAGACUCCCCAAGGGACAGUUUUGGUUCCACUGAGCCAUUUAAUGGCUUUUCAGAAACAAGCAGCAGCUGCAGCACAGGGUUCUAAGUCCAAAACUCAAGAAAAAGAUGUGCAGCAAAUUGAUGGAUACUCUCCUCUACCAGCACACUAUGAUUUUUCCAAUCUACAAACGGUCAGCAAGCAGGACAAACAAGCGACGGUGUCUCGACUCCCAAGGUGUUUGGAGAUUGAGGGAACAAAACAGGAUGGUUUGUCAUCUACAGAGGACAUCUUGACGAGGAAAACCAAGCAUAAAUUCAAACAUUGUUUUCCCAAGCCUGGGGAUACAGUUGAAUUUGAAGUGAUUGAGCAACUAGAUGGGCUGCGCAGUGACCAUAAGUUAAAUUGCGCAAGUCGCAAGAGACGAGGAUUUAUAGCUCAGCUGGAUGGAGGAGACAGUAGCAGUGAAGAAGACUCUGACUUAGAUGAUGACUCCUCAGAGGAAGAGGUUGGUGGUACAGAUGAGGCAGUGGACGAUGAGGACCCAUUGAACAGUGACGAUGAUGUCGAUGAUGACGUGGGAGACCAGAAAGAUUUUGAAACCAAUGACACCAUUGUGUGUCUCUGGGAGAAAGUGUAUAGAGUACGGACCAAAUGGAAGUUUCUUCUCAAAGACGGAAUCAUGCACUUGGGUGGCUAUGACUAUGUGUUCCAGAAAGGAACUGGAGAAGCGGACUGGUAGGCAGGCUACUGACUACAGGUAGUGACUGCGUUUUAGCUUUUUGAUUUGUGCUUCAAUCAAUUUCCAUUGCACGAGCUCGUGCCAAUAUCAUUCCCAUAGUUCA